UGACGCAGGAGCGAGGCCUGCCGGGGGGGCGGGGGCCUGCCGGGAAGGGGCGGGGCGAACCGAGCCGGGCGGUGGCGGACCGACAACCUGACCGGCGACGGCGACAGGGGGACGGGCCGGCCCCGGCCGGGCGCGCGCCGUGCCGCCGCCAUGACAGAGCAGACCUACUGUGACCGCCUGGUCCAGGACACACCUUUCCUGAUGGGCCAUGGACGCCUCAGUGAGCAGCAGGUGGACAGGAUCAUCCUCCAGCUGAACCGCUACUACCCCCAGAUCCUCAGCAACAAGGAUGCGGAGAAGUUCCGGAACCCCAAGGCGUCCCUGCGUGUGCGGCUGUGUGACCUCCUGGGCCAUCUGCAGCGGAGCGGCGAGCGGGACUGCCGGGAGUUCUACCGGGCCCUGUACAUCCACGCCCAGCCCCUGCACAGCCGUCUGCCCAGCCGGCUCGCCCCGCAGAACUCAGAUUGCACAGAGCUAGACUCAGGCACCGUGGGCCGCGAGCUCAGUGACAGGGGACCCGUGGCCUUCCUGGCCUGCCUCGGCCUGGCCGCGGGGCUGGCGCUCCUCGUCUACUGCUGUCCUCCAGACCCCAAGGUGCUGCCAGGGGCCCGGCGUGUCCUGGGCUUCUCCCCCGUCAUCGUCGACAGGCACGUCAGCCGCUUCCUGCUGGCCUUCCUCACAGAUGACCUGGGAGGGCUCUGACGACCUCCGCCUGCCCGCCACCCACCAAAGAACCCCCACCUGCCCACCCAGGGGCCGGCCACUUCUUUUCUAAAUGCUUAUUUUUCACUAUUUAUACUUUUUUAAGAAAGUUAGCUUCACCUGACAAAGGUGCUCAACAAUAUUAAAUGUUGGAGUCUUGUCCUUUU